AGGAAGAGGAGAGGAGCAGAAAGAGGAGGAGCAGAAAGGAGAGGAGCGGAGAGGAGCAGAAAGAGGAGGAGCAGAAAGGAGAGGAGCGGAAAGGAGAGGAGUGGAGAGGAGCAGAAAGAGGAGGAGCGGAAAGGAGAGGAGCGGAGAGGAGCAGAAAGAGGAGGAGCGGAAAGAAGAUGAGCAGAAAGAGGAGGAGCGGAAAGAAGAGGAGCGGAAAGAAGAGGAGCAGAAAGGAGAGGAGUGGAGAGGAGCAGAAAGAGGAGGAGCGGAAAGAAGAGGAGCAGAAAGGAGAGGAGCGGAAAGAAGAGGAGCAGAAAGAGGAGGAGCGGAAAGAAGAGGAGCAGAAAGGAGAGGAGCGGAAAGAAGAGGAGCAGAAAGAGGAGGAGCGGAAAGAAGAGGAGCAGAAAGAGGAGGAGCGGAAAGAAGAGGAGCGGAAAGGAGAGGAGCGGAAAGAAGAGGAGCAGAAAGGAGAGGAGCGGAAAGGAGAGGAGUGGAAAGGAGAGGAGCAGAAAGGAGAGGAGCAGAAAGGAGAGGAGCGGAAAGGAGAGGAGUGGAAAGGAGAGGAGUGGAAAGAAGAGGAGCAGAAAGGAGAGGAGCGGAAAGAAGAGGAGCGGAAAGGAGAGGAGCGGAAAGGAGAGGAGUGGAAAGGAGAGGAGUGGAAAGAAGAGGAGCAGAAAGGAGAGGAGCGGAAAGAAGAGGAGCAGAAAGGAGAGGAGCGGAAAGGAGAGGAGUGGAAAGAAGAGGAGCAGAAAGGAGAGGAACGGAAAGGAGAGGAGCCGAGAGGAGAAAUGUAUGGACAUGCCACUACACAUACAGUGUGUUACCAUAGUAACAGAUCUGUAGCCAUAGUAACAGAGCUCUGACUAUGGUAACCAGGUUGGCUUGGCUACGAUUGGUCAGAGCUCAGUCCCAGCAACCUCUCCUGGCAGGAGAGCACAGGAUCAUGGGUAGCUAUACCGGUUGGACACUAACACACAUGCACACACACACACAAUAUGAGUGUGUGUGCUUGUGUUGACGGUGAUACAUUGUGACAGAAUGUUGCUCUCUGGGGCCACAGGGCAGAUGGACCUCACAGGGUGGGUCCACACACAUUCCAAUACGCAGUACACACACACACACAGGUCAUGUAAUUCAAAUUCCUUAUCUCUUCUACACUAAUGUUUGAUCAACUCCAUCUGUGUUUGUAUUUGUGAUUGUGCACACCAGUGUGUGCCCGUGUGCACGCUUGUGUCAGUGUGUGUGUGUUUGUGAUCUGGGACAGCA